GACGGGCGGCGCGGCUAUUAAGCCGCGCGGCAGCUGCUCGCAGCCGGAGCUGGUGCUUCGCCCGAGACUCUGCGCCCAGGCGUGCCGCCCCGAGAGGAGUCGCGCGAAGGUCACCCCGCGCCCGCCGCCCGCCACCCGCUACCUCCGUGGGUCCAUUUGCCCGUCAGCCCGUGCGUCCGAGCUCCUCGCGCCCCGACGCAGCCCCGGCCAACCGAGCGCCAUGAACCAGAUAGAGCCCGGUGUGCAGUACAACUACGUGUACGACGAGGAUGAGUACAUGAUCCAGGAGGAGGAGUGGGACCGCGACCUGCUCCUGGACCCGGCCUGGGAGAAGCAGCAGAGAAAGACCUUCACUGCCUGGUGUAACUCCCACCUAAGGAAAGCCGGCACCCAAAUUGAGAACAUCGAAGAAGACUUCAGGAAUGGCCUUAAGCUCAUGCUGCUUUUGGAAGUCAUCUCAGGGGAAAGGCUGCCCAAACCUGACCGAGGAAAAAUGCGGUUCCACAAAAUUGCUAAUGUCAACAAAGCUUUGGAUUACAUAGCCAGCAAAGGGGUGAAACUGGUGUCCAUCGGGGCUGAAGAAAUUGUUGAUGGCAACGUGAAGAUGACCCUGGGCAUGAUCUGGACCAUCAUCCUUCGCUUUGCUAUUCAGGAUAUUUCGGUUGAAGAAACAUCUGCCAAAGAAGGUCUGCUGCUUUGGUGUCAGAGGAAAACCGCUCCUUAUAGAAAUGUAAACAUUCAGAACUUCCAUACUAGCUGGAAAGAUGGCCUUGGACUCUGUGCCCUCAUCCACCGACACCGGCCUGACCUCAUUGACUACUCAAAGCUUAACAAGGAUGACCCCAUAGGAAAUAUUAACCUGGCCAUGGAAAUCGCUGAGAAGCACCUGGAUAUUCCUAAAAUGCUGGAUGCUGAAGAUUUAGUAUACACUGCCAGACCUGAUGAAAGAGCCAUAAUGACUUAUGUUUCCUGUUACUAUCAUGCUUUUGCUGGUGCACAGAAGACAUCGUGAACACCCCUAAACCCGAUGAAAGAGCCAUCAUGACGUACGUCUCUUGCUUCUACCACGCUUUUGCGGGCGCGGAGCAGGUUAGACAAAGUCUUAAAGCACACUCAGCUCUGUGGAAGGAUCCCCCCCAGAAAGUUCUACAUAUUCGUAUCAGGAGAUGAGGAGGUCUUCAGUGCAUUCAAGUGCAAUGGCCGAGACAGCGGCUAACAGGAUAUGUAAGGUUCUUGCUGUGAAUCAAGAGAAUGAGAGGCUGAUGGAAGAAUAUGAGAGGCUAGCGAGUGAGCUUUUGGAAUGGAUUCGUCGCACGAUCCCCUGGCUGGAGAACCGGACUCCUGAGAAGACGAUGCAGGCCAUGCAGAAGAAGCUGGAGGACUUCCGGGAUUACCGCCGGAAGCACAAGCCGCCCAAGGUGCAGGAGAAAUGCCAGCUGGAGAUCAAUUUCAACACAUUGCAGACCAAGCUGCGGAUCAGCAACCGGCCUGCCUUCAUGCCCUCCGAGGGCAAGAUGGUGUCGGAUAUUGCUGGUGCCUGGCAGAGGCUGGAGCAGGCUGAGAAGGGUUACGAGGAGUGGUUACUCAAUGAGAUUCGGAGACUGGAGCGCUUGGAACACCUGGCUGAGAAGUUUAGGCAAAAGGCCUCAACCCACGAGACUUGGGCUUAUGGCAAAGAGCAGAUCUUGCUGCAGAAGGAUUACGAGUCGGCAUCGCUGACAGAGGUUCGCGCUCUGCUGCGGAAGCACGAGGCGUUCGAGAGCGACCUGGCAGCGCACCAGGACCGCGUGGAGCAGAUCGCAGCCAUCGCGCAGGAGCUCAAUGAACUGGACUAUCACGACGCUGUCAAUGUCAACGAUCGGUGCCAGAAAAUUUGUGACCAGUGGGACCGACUGGGAACACUUACUCAGAAGAGGAGAGAAGCCCUGGAGAGAAUGGAGAAAUUGCUAGAAACCAUUGAUCAGCUUCACCUGGAGUUUGCCAAGAGGGCUGCUCCUUUCAACAAUUGGAUGGAGGGCGCUAUGGAGGAUCUGCAAGAUAUGUUCAUUGUCCACAGCAUUGAGGAGAUCCAGAGUUUGAUCACUGCGCAUGAGCAGUUCAAGGCCACGCUGCCCGAGGCGGACGGAGAGCGGCAGUCCAUCAUGGCCAUCCAGAACGAGGUGGAGAAGGUGAUUCAGAGCUACAACAUCAGAAUCAGCUCGAGCAACCCGUACAGCACUGUCACCAUGGAUGAGCUCCGGACCAAGUGGGACAAGGUGAAGCAACUCGUGCCCAUCCGCGAUCAGUCCCUGCAGGAGGAGCUGGCUCGCCAGCAUGCUAACGAGCGUCUGAGGCGCCAGUUUGCUGCACAAGCCAAUGCCAUUGGGCCCUGGAUCCAGAACAAGAUGGAGGAGAUUGCCCGGAGCUCCAUCCAGAUCACAGGAGCCCUGGAGGACCAGAUGAAUCAGCUGAAGCAGUACGAGCACAACAUCAUCAACUACAAGAACAACAUCGACAAGCUGGAGGGAGACCAUCAGCUCAUCCAGGAGGCCCUUGUCUUUGACAACAAGCACACGAACUACACGAUGGAGCACAUUCGUGUUGGAUGGGAGCUGCUGCUGACAACCAUCGCCAGAACCAUCAAUGAGGUGGAGACUCAGAUCCUGACGAGAGACGCGAAGGGCAUCACCCAGGAGCAGAUGAAUGAGUUCAGAGCCUCCUUCAACCACUUUGACAGGAGGAAGAAUGGCCUGAUGGAUCAUGAGGAUUUCAGAGCCUGCCUGAUUUCCAUGGGUUAUGACCUGGGUGAAGCCGAAUUUGCCCGCAUUAUGACCCUGGUAGAUCCCAAUGGGCAAGGUACCGUCACCUUCCAAUCCUUCAUCGACUUCAUGACUAGAGAGACGGCCGACACGGAUACCGCCGAGCAGGUCAUCGCCUCCUUCCGGAUCCUGGCUUCUGAUAAGCCAUACAUCCUGGCAGAGGAGCUGCGUCGGGAGCUGCCCCCGGAUCAGGCCCAGUAUUGCAUUAAGAGGAUGCCCGCCUACUCGGGCCCAGGCAGUGUGCCUGGCGCCCUGGAUUACACUGCGUUCUCCUCCGCACUCUAUGGAGAGAGCGAUCUGUGACGCUGAGGUUUUGUAAUCACUGAUCCCAUCAGAACGCAAUAAAAGCAGAAGUCACAGUUGGUUUCCUGGAAACUUUGAUAGGCUUUGUUAAGUUGGGAGAGAGAGGGGGGAAGAAAAAGCCUUUUGUAGUUCAGUAAUUGCCAGCAAUAUAACACGGCUAAAAUGAAGUUUCUACAGUAUAUGACAUAGUGCGCUUCAUAAAUAGGUUUAUUUCUGAGUUUUUAGCUAAAUGUAAUGAAAUAUCAGGUUGAUUUCUUUGAUUAAACGGAACAAAUUACUUGAGUAGUAGGAAAUUAGGAGGAUCUAGGGACAGAAGGAAAGUGAAAAAUGUGAAAAUACAAAAUAGCCAAGAUUUAAGACCGGGGGGGAAAUCCACAAAUUGGUAAAUAAAGGUUUGCUAUUUGUAAAAAA